GCCAGGGCCAAGGCCAAGGCGAAGGCGUCGCGCACUCAACAGCGACGACGCCUUUGCCUGGCCCUGCCUACCGCCGCGCGACGCUCACCCGCCUCACUGCCAAAAAUUCCACGCCAAACCGAAACGAUCAAAAGGCGAGGCGAACACCACACCACACCACACCUCACCACGACACCACUCCCCCCCUCCCAUGUCUAAUCCACUCGCUAAUCACCUCUCUCCCGCACCAAAUAAGUAGUACACCCAACCCCAACUACGCCCCAAAAGAAAAGCUAACCUCUCUCUCUCUUUUCCUUUCUCUUCUCUCCUUCCUCCUCCCACCACCACCACCGCCGCACCGCCGCCUUCUUUCUUUCUCUCUUUCUCUCCCAUCGCACCCACCUUUAAGCCCGGGGCCGAUUUGAUUUGCCUCCGGUGUGAUUGGGGGUGUUGCGGUUUGGGAUUGGUAAUCGGGAGGAGGAGGGGGAGGAGGUGGAGGCGGUGGGCGUCAGGAUGAUCUCGAUAGGCGGCUCCUCGUCGUCGUCCUCGUCGUCGGGGGUGAGGGUGGCGGGUGGAGGCGCGAAGGUGCGGGGGAAGGCGGGGACAGGAGCGGCGGUGGGGACGGGGGUGAGGACCAGGUGGAGGAGCGGCACGCAGGAGAGGAUCUACGGGCGGCGCCUGCUCGACGCGCUGCGGGCCACGCGGGACGGCGGCGCGCCUGCGCAGCCGCGGGCGGUGAAGGCCGCGGCCGACUCGGCGCUGGCGCUCACUGCGCGGGGGCAGUCGAGGUGGAGCCGCGCCAUCCUGCUGGCCGGCGCGGCGUCGUCCAGGCGCCGCGUGCUCGUCAAGGCCGGCGGGAAGAUCCGCCGCCACCACCGCCGCCCGCAGGCGCGCGCCGCCGCGGCGGCGGCGGCCAAGGCCGCGGCUGCCUCCUCCGCGGGAGAGCCGCCGAUGCUGAAGGAGAGGAAGGUGAAGGAGCGGCUCCGCGUGCUGGGCCGCCUCGUACCCGGAUGCCGGAAGCUCCCCGCGCCGGCGCUGCUCGAGGAGACGGCUGACUAUGUGGCGGCGCUGGAGAUGCAGGUCAAGGCCAUGCGCGCCCUCGCCGACGCGCUCGCCGCGGCGCAGCUCUCCUCGUCGCCUCCGCAGCAGGCGGAGGCCACCAGCGACGAGCCCGAGAUGGAGAGGUGAGGGUUUGGGGUGGCAAUCGUCGUGGACACGAUCGAUGGUGAUUCGGUGGCUUGGAAUUGGAACAGCUCGGGGAAAAUAAUGAUGA